GCUGUAAUUUCCAAGUUUAUCAUUUUCGCAGUAUAUUUUCGUCCAGCCAAUGAACGUUGACUCGAAUAAUAGGUAUUAUAAUUUUGUUUACGCUCCGCGAUAUUUCUCGCCUUCGUCGUGACUCAGCAUUUAUAGUAAUUUACCGGAAUUCGUUGAACGGACCGACCACCGGGAAUGACCCAUAAAGAAUAUUUGACCGCCGAUGCAAAUGUUACGUCGUCUGAGCAUAUUUUCCCGAGUGAAAUAUGAGAGGAAACCUUGUGAUCUCAAAAUACGAUCGGAUCACAUUCGGAGCCGUUCUCCAAUAUGGCUCCACCGUUUUCCGAUGGGCGAAUUCGAUGCUAGUGGUUGAUUCAGACCUUUCAGGGUCGCUGGACUCCGUAAUAUGAAGUUAAGGUUUCCAGAAACGUAAGGGAAAAUUAGAUAUCAUUGAAAAUUCGACCGCUGCAGAGCUGAAAAAUUGCAUGAUGUCUCCUAGUCUUGGUCGCUGGGGAUUGGGCAUUUUGAGUGAAAAUUUAAAAGAACUGAAUCGAAAAUCAUGAACCGGAAUGAUUUCGCUCAGCUUUAGGGAAUCAGUGUGGGCUCGGUGCGUCGAAUUUCCGAUAACAAGUGUUGCUUGUAAUGCUCACGAUGUAUCGGUACAAUAAUACGUGCAUUCGUCACGGAUGUCGGAAUAAAAAUGACUUGAAAUUUAAAAUUGUCGGGGUUUCACGGCUCUUGACCACCGUGCGUCGGGGGCGCUAAUAUAUCUUAUUAUACAAUGGCACAUGCCGCAAGCUGAAACAUAAUUAUACCAGCCAGCGAUUUUUAUUCAUUGGUGGGUGACUCCAAACUUCCAGUGAUACCGAGUGCCCGGCACAAAUUGGACGACUUUCGUACUCCAACAAUGUCGAUAAUGACUGGAUGGUGGGAGUGGUGCAACGAUUACUAUCAUAGAAAUGAUCCAAGGACGAGUCAGUUCCUCUUCAUCUCAGGACCCAUACCUGUGAUCACAAUCGUAGGAUUUUACAUAUAUUUCUCUCUUUCCGCUGGUCCGAGAUAUAUGAGGAACAAGAAGCCGUACUCGCUCCGCAAGACUCUCAUAAUUUACAAUUUCUUCCAAGUUCUGUUCAGUCUGUAUUUGUCUUACGAGGGUUUGAGCGUUUGGCUUAACGAGUACAGCUGGACUUGCGAACCAAUUGAUUAUUCGGAGACUCCGACCGCGAUACGGGUCAUCAAUGCCGCGCACCUUUACUUUCUCAGCAAACUCAGCGAACUUCUAGACACGGUGUUCUUCGUUUUUCGGAAAAAACAGCGUCAAAUUUCAUUCCUCCACGUUUAUCACCACAGCAUCAUGCCGAUUCUCACAUGGUUCGGCGUUCGCUACAUCGCUGGUGGACAUCCCCUUCUUUUGGGGACGUUUAAUAGUUGUGUCCACGUUGUUAUGUACAUAUAUUACAUGUUAGCCGCUAUUGGUCCUCAGAUGCAAAAGUACCUUUGGUGGAGGAGGUAUUUGACUUUGUUACAAAUCACACAAUUCAUCAUAGUCGGUUCACACAGCUUGAAUACGUUAUUCAGCGAUUGUAAUGUUCCGAAAACACUUUCUUUUAUCAUUGUAUUGGAAUGCCUGAUAUUCACGUACUUGUUCGGAUCAUUUUAUAUCACGAAUCACACGAAAAACAACGCUAAAAUUGCGACGAAAGAGGGUGCAUCGACGGACCAAUUUGCGAGUCAGAAAAUCGAUUGAAAUCCCUGACACUUUAGAAUCUGCUAUUUCGAGAACGCACUCGUUCUGGCCUUCAUCGAAACAGGUUGUCUAUGAAAUAACACUAACAGAAGUAAGUAAUUCAUAAAAGCAUAGAUAAAAAUACGACAAACAAGAACAUCAUUUUCCAAAAUUGAUCGAAUUUUCUGUUUGUGCGUCUGCACUAAUAUACGUACUAAUUUCAUGAAAAUAAACCAAAGAUAUUUGAUGAUUUU